CUCUGCUUUAGAAGCAUAAACAACACCAACCACGUCGGACGUGUAGUGCGCGCAAAUGCAAAUUGUCAAACUAAUUUUAAAUAGUAGUAACAUGACAAAAAAAUUAAAUAACAUAGCUUCAAAUAUUGUAAAUUGACGGCGUAAAUUAAUACGAAAUAAAACGCGAAUGCAAAGGUGGCUAACAUCACAAUAAAUAUGUAUGCCUGAUUUUGUCAGUUAAAAGUGGCCGCUUAAAGCUCGGCUUAUGUAAAUUUAUAUCUAUGUAUGUUGGUAUUUAUGUAUGUACAUAUAUACAAGUGUUGCUUGCCGGGCUGUUGUUUGUGCGGUUGAGUGUUUAGAUUUCGUUGCCGGUGCAUAGUUAAUUUUGCACAAAGUGAAGUGUUAAAAGUUACGGGCUUUUAAUUCCCUCAAUAAAGCCGAAAUUGAAGUGCAGAAAGCUAUGGAGCGAGUGUAAACUGAAAGAAAAUUUACACACACAAACAUGCGCGGUGGCUCGCAUACAUGACGAUCAUUUCUUCUUCUUCUUCUUUUUGCGGGACGUGUUGCGCCUUAGCUUACCUGAGGGAAGGAGUGAGAGCGCGAUAGCGUCUGCUUGUGUGAGUGCGUGUGCUAAAGCAAACUAGCGAGAGAGCGCGCAAACGAGCGAAGUCAAGCUUUUAAGUUAAAGUUCUUUAGCUUGCGUCGGCGUAGCGUUGGCAUCGACAUAAACAUCAACAGCAGCAGCAGCAACAACAACAAUAUCAACAACAACAACGUCAACAGGUUAGACUUGUCUGCAGCACUUGACACUGGCACUUGGCUCUUGGCUCUUGGAUACCCUGGAUCUCAGUCUUUAGCGGGCAUACACUAGCAAGGCAUCGUCAUUCGUUAUGCUGUACAGUAAAAUAUGGCCACGUCGACACUUUAUGUUGCUGGGGUGACCUGCUUGGGGUUUGUGUGCUUCGCUUUGGCCUCUGUCGCCAUUGGCAUACCCAUUUGGGGCUACUACGACAGUCCGUCUGGUGGCUAUGACUACGAUCGCGGCUAUUUCGGUCCCUUCAAAGUGUGCAAGCAACUGACUUACAAUCGCGAGAAGUGCGGCAACGAUGUCUCCAAGUUCCGGCUGAGCAAUGCGGUAUUUGUCAGCGGACUCUUGGCAGUUGCCAGCUCCGCUGUGCUGGGCAUCUUCUGCAUACUCUCGGUGAUUCAACACGCGAUGAUAUCGUCGCGGGACAAGGUUGUCAUGUCCUACACGUCGCUGGUCAUUGUCAAACUGAUAUUGGCCCUGCUGGGCGGUUUGUUGGCAAUAAUAGCCACAGUGCUGUUUGCACUGCAAAUCGAUGAACAGGAGCGUUUCGGUUUCAAGAUAUCGCGUGGCAUAUCCUUCUAUAUACAGAUAGUUGUGAUUGUGCUAUCCAUUGCACUGUUUGUUGCCGCCCUGUAUGACGUCAUCUUCUCGCGCUCCUCUGGGGGCGAUCCCACUAUGGCGCUGGACGCUUCUUCUCCGGCAAGUGCAACCACCUUUAACAAUCCGGGCUUCAAGGAGCCGCGCAAUCGCAACGGCGUCUCGAUGACCGAUGCCUCGGGCAAGCCAUACAGCGGCAUACGCAACGGAGCUGGAACUGCUGGAAGUGUGGCGUCUAUGAGCACGACCGUAACGAGCGUUUCGAAUGGCUCCACGCUGGACUCAGUGACCCGUUCCCCGUUGCGCUCGAGCUUGAAAAAGCCACGUCCCAGGCCGGAUCCUACGCUGGGCAUACAAAAUCCAGGAUAUUCUGGGUCGGGCAGCUCGCCGCCUAUGCGACGCAAUGGAAGUGUGAAAAAGGUUCGCAUUCAGACGCACAGCACGGAAGUUUAGUGGGGAUGGCGGAACCCAAAACCCAACAAAAUCCGAAUCCGAUUCCGAUUCUGAUUCCGAUGUCAAACAGCUUGAAAUAAGAGAGACACAAGAAAAACAAUUACAAAGACUGUGUACUGUAGCAACAACACAAGGAAACACAAAUCGACACUUCACGAAACACAAAACCAAUAGAAAAGUUUCAAGAUUCUGUUUGAGACCCAACAAAUUGAAUUGGAAUUUGCAUAAACAAAUUGUUUUCAUUUGUCUUCCAAGCAAACGCGCAAAG